AUUUUUAAGUAUUAACUAAAAUAUGCCUUUUAAUCUGCGUAAGAGGACUCCACUGAGUUAUUACGAGCCUGACGAACCAAAAUUCGACGAAUAUUUAUAUUGUGAAGAAUGCUCUGACUUCGUGUACGACUACUGCGCUAUACAUGGGCCGUUACUGGUCGUGCCUGAUAAUAAGGUGCCAGCAAAGACUGGCUUUCCUGCUUACGUACCUCGCGCUGCGCUCACUAUACCCAAUGUGUUCCUGCACAUAGCUCCAUCUAUAAUACCAGGUUAG